AUGGAGAGACUCUGUGAAGAACUGGAUGAAGCCAAAGCAGAAAUCGAGAGGCUGAGAGUAGAUUUGAAGAGCAAAUCGCAGUCGUUUGACAGCUUGAAGAGAUCUCACAAUGAUCAAAUCCGCCAGCUUCAAUCAGCACAAUCAGAGAUCGAGUCACGAACCCACGAAAUCAGUGCAAAGGAAGGACAGAUUCAGGAGCUAACCCAUGAAGUGGGAAAGAUUCAACGCACGUUGAAUGAAAAGGAGUCCAUCGUGAGAGGGCUGAGCUCAGCAAACGACAAGCUUCGAUUUUCCUGUGAUGACAAGUUUCAGAAAUGGGAGGAAGAGAAGAGACACCUGAUGGCGUCUCUAGACGAGGCAAAUGAGAAGGAUAUAGAUCAACAGCAGAAGAUCAAUGUACUUAGGGCAGAGAUUGAAGGUCUCAAAGGGAUGCUUUCCACUUCCGAGAAGAAGUGUUUGGAAGCUGAAAAGCAGGCCAAAGCAGCUAAAGCACUAAGAGAUAGGGAUGAUGUGAUGAUGACAUUGGAAGAACAGAAGAUGAAGGUUGAAGAGAAGCUCAAGUGGAAAAGUGAGCAGUUCAAGCACCUAGAAGAGGCGCACAAGAAGCUUCGAUUUGAGUACAAGGAAAACGAAAAGGAGUGGAAACAGGAGAAGACUAAGUUAGUUGAUGAGAUUUGUUCACUUCAGGAGAGCUUAGAUUCUCAGACAAGAAUUUCUCAAGAUCUUCAAAGCCAGUUGAAGAUGUGCAACCAUGCCCUUGCACGUGAAGAGAGCCAAAGGAAAGCGCUAGAAGUUGAGGUUUCUGACUUUAAGAAGCGUUUCGAGAAUGUUUAUACUGACUACCAGGAUGCAAAGUCACAGCUGGAAUGCUUGACCGCACAAAGGGACAAUGAAAUUGCAGCUCUCAGGCAUUCACUGUUGACAAAGGAGACACGUUGGAAAGAAGUUGAGUACCAGUCAAGAAAGCUCGAGCAAGAGAAUCAAGAGCUGCUGGAGUCACUCAAAGAGCUUCGAGAAGCUCAGAUUCAGGAAGCUGGGAAUGGUUCUUCUCUAGCCAAACUUAAGAACAAGCUGAGAAGUGUGGAGCAGGUGCACAGAGAUUGUGCUGCGAUUCUCAGGGCUAAAGAAGCUGAAUGGAGUUCUCAGGCGGAGAAAUUGACUGCAGAAGUUGCCAAGUACCAGUCUGCACUGGAGAGCAGUGAAGCAGUGGUGAAAGAGCUCGAGAUCGAACUGGAAAAUUGUCGCUCAGCUUUACUGCAGAUGAAGUUGCAGAAUGAGGAGGCUGCCAUAGCAUUAUUGGUGUUGAAAUCAGGAGUAGCUGAGGCUCAAUCCAACCUACGAAAGGCUGAAGCUGAUAAUAGUAUCCAUAACACAGAGAAAGUUGAUGAAGUUUCUAGCUUGAUGAAGCAGCUGGAGAUGAAGGAUGUUAUCUUGGCUAAAGCACAGAUGGAAAUCGAAGAAGAGCGUAGAAAGGUUGAGUCUUUGCAGUUGAGAGUCGAGGACAUCAUCCCUAUCGAAGAGCAGAAGCUUGUGCUGGAGAAAGAGGUUGCAAGGUACAGGGAGAUGCUCGAGGCAUCAUCCGGAUGCCAUUUCCAUUUCAAGGAACAAGCUUUGCAGGCAGAAAAAGAUCUGCAGCAGAAAAUUGAGACACUCUGCAAUGAAUUAGACAUGGUGAAUUCAGAAUUGGUACAGGAGCGUGAGAAGGUAGUUUCACUGUCUACAAAGGCCGAGGCCCUCGAUCGUGUUGAAGAGAAGCUUCUGUUGCAAGAGAAGGAGCUCGAGAGACAAAAGCAAAUGGUCGAGGAAUCCUACAAUCAACAACGUUGCUUGGAAGAGAAAGCUUUCCAAACUGAGACAAACUUGCAGGAGAUGAUAAGAGAAAUAUCUGAUGCAUUGGAUGAAACAACUUCUGAAUUGGCUGAAGAAAGGGAGAGAAUUGAGUCCAUCAGCCUUCUUGAAGAGCAGAAACUAGGGUUGCAGAAGGAAGUGGAGAGGCAUAAGGGAAUGCUGGAGGAGUCACUGAAAGAGGUUACAAGGUACAGGGAGAUGCUCGAGGAAUCAUCCGGAUGCCAUUUCCAUUUCAAGGAACAAGCUUUGCAGUCAGAAAAGGAUCUGCAGCAGAAAAUUGAGGCACUCUGCAAUGAAUUGGACAUGGUGAAUUCAGAAUUGGUCCAGGAGCGUGAGAAGGUAGUUUCACUGUCUACAAAGGCCGAGGCCCUCGAUCGUGUUGAAGAGAAGCUUCUGUUGCAAGAGAAGGAACUCGAGAGACAAAAGCAAAUGGUCGAGGAAUCCUACAAUCAACAACGUUGCUUUGAAGAGAAAGCUUUCCAAACUGAGACAAACUUGCAGGAGAUGAUAAGAGAAAUAUCUGAUGCAUUGGAUGAAACAACUUCUGAAUUGGCUGAAGAAAGGGAGAGAAUUGAGUCUAUCAGCGUUCUUGAAGAGCAGAAACUAGGGUUGCAGAAGGAAGUAGAGAGGCACAAGGGAAUGCUGGAGGAGUCGCUGAAAUCCCUGCACGACCUUCAAAAGGAAGCUAUGUUAAAGGAGAAUGGAUUGAAGGACGAACUGAAAGAAGUCCGUGGUGCAUUGGACAGUUUGAGUUCUGAAUUGGCAGUGAAGAUGUGCGAGGGAAAUGCAGUUGAGUUUGAGUUGUGGAUAUGGAAGUCGAUUGCUCAACGGCUAAAUGAUGAUCUCGAAGAGAAUCAAAUGUUAAAGAAAGAGUUAGAAGCUUCUCUUCUUUCGCAAGUGGACAUUACUGAAAAUCUGAAGAGGCAGAUUGAAUUCUAUGAACAGGAAACACUGAGAAGAGAACUUGAAGGCGCAGUGUUGACACACAUGGUGGAAGAAAGAGGAUUUAAGGAUGCUGAAAUGAAGGAGAAGAUGGCAGCUGCUGACAUCUAUUGCUUGGAGCAUAAGCUAGAAUCCCAAAUGAUGGAAAUGAGAGAAGUAAUGACAGCAAUGGAGGGAAAGCUGAGAACUUCAGAAGCAUUGGUUGAUGAGCUGAUGUAUGAGAAGAGAGGUUUGAGUGAAGAAGUGCUGAAGCUGACAGCCGAAAGAGAAAAUGUGCUGACUUUUCUCGUGCAGGUUGGUGACAGAAUUAGUGAGUUCUCUGCAGAGGACAUGCAACUGAUGAAAAUGCUAGAAAAUAUUGUCGUGGACUCUAGUGAAGGAGUAAAAGGAACAGACGGUGGUGGGAAAGAGAACAUUGAUGAAGAUCACCAUCUUCCUUCCCCAACGAUGAUGAAACGAUAUGGAGCAGUUGUUGAAGAGAGAUCGCCAUUCAGGGAGCUCAACGGCUAG